GAGCGUCAUCAUCAUGCACAGUGUUUUCAAAAUGGAGAGGUUGACAAGCACAUAGAGAGCGUGCAACAGCGAUUUAUGAAUGCUGAUUUAUUUUGAUCGCGCCGAGAAAAUAACGCAAAGACAUGAAGUCAGAUGUGGAGGAGUUGAUGCCCAGACUUCUGCCCGUGGAGUCCUGCGACGCAGAUGAAUAUAAUUUAAACGAACCGCCCAGAAACCCUCAAGAAUAUCUCAGACAGGUCCAGAAGGAAGCGUCUCUGUUCCCAGAUGUUGUUGUGGCACAAAUUGAUCCAAAGAAGCUGAAGAAGAAACAAUCCGUGAACGUGUCUAUCACAGGUUGUCUGGCCGCACCUCAAGGUUUCUCUCCUAGCUUGAAAUGGCAGCAGCAAGAAGUCAGCAAAUUUUCAGAAAUCAGACAGAGUGUUAACAAGCAUCGUCAGCAUUGGAAAGCUCAGUUUUUGGAUGAUAAUGUUGUCAUGCCCAAAACUGAAGAUGAGGAUGGGUGGAGGAGGUUCUGCUUGGGUGAGAAUGUUUGUCUUGACAUUCAGAUGAAAGAAGAAGACAAUGUUAACCCAGGUCUUGAUUAUGUCAAGACUGGUUUCCCUCCUUUCCUGAGCAUUGUCAGCAAACUAAACCAGUCAACCAUCUCUGCGGUGCUUGAGUAUUUAAUCAUUUGGUUUGAGGAGAGAGACUUUGUACCACAGUUGGGCAGAUGGCUAUAUGCAUUACUAGCGUGCCUUGAGAAGCCGCUGCUUCCCGAAGCACAUUCCCUUAUCAGAGAGUUGGCAAGACGCUGCUCAACAGUUCGUGCCAAUCUGGAGAGCAAAGACGAUGAUCGUUUGUCAGCUCUUAACUUGAUGAUUUGUAUUGUUGCCAGGUAUUUUGAGCAAAAUGAUUUGGCUGACAAAGACUGAGCAAGAGAUGGAAGAGCCUUUGCAGAGAAAAUUCAUGUGAAUUGGAGCAACUAUGAGAGAUAAUUUGGAGAUUUUGUAGAAUAAAGGGACUAUUUUGCCAAAUUUCUUUUAAUUCUGUGUAAUAUUAAAGUACACCUGUUACAAAUACAAA